AUUUAAAGGGAGGCAGGAGAAAAAUGAGAGGCCAAUCAGACGCACAAUUUCAGAACUAACCCUUUCGGGAGUCCCUCCCUCCACUGUCCCGGCGAGGCAGACUUGUUCAGUAUAUGCCCAAUCGUCAGAGGGACUAUGGUGGAAGGCUGGUAAAGAUGGCGGCUCUCUCCGAGGAUGGGAGGUACGGACUGAAUUGUAGCCGACGGAAUGCGGGCAAAAUCACAGUAUUGCACGUAAAACUGACGGAGACAGCCAUACGAGCGCUAGAAAACUACCAAAACUGUAAGAAUGUACCGUCCUCGCAGCCAACUAUACAUUUCCAGGGACUUCAAGGGCGUAUCAAGAUUCCCCGGAUGGACGCCCCUGACAGCGCUCAUAAUUUUGAUUUCUACUUGUCAAAUGUUGGCAAGGAUAACCCUCAGGGCAGCUUCGAGUGUAUCCACCAGUACAUGUCUAGUGCUGGCACCCCACACCUGGCGUCUCUGGGCACGAUACAGGACAAGAUCACCGUGUGUGCCACCAGCGAGUCCUACCAGGUGACCCGCGAGCGCAUGACGCAGGUCGAGGAGGACUCGCGCAAGAAGAGCACCAAGGUCAUCAAGCCUGGUGGCCAGUUCAGAGGUAAAACCGUUCAGAUGCGUAAGCCGGCCCCCUCCGCCCCGGACCCAGUGCCCGAGCGCAAGCGCUCCACGCCCAUCAACCCGGCGAGCACCAUCCGCAAGUGCCUGACCAACAACCCGGUGGCGCAGCGGCCGUACCGGGACCGCGUGGUCCACCUGCUGGCCCUGCGCUCCUACAAGAAGCUGGAGGUGCUGGCGCGCCUGCAGCGCGACGGGGUCAGCCAGAAGGACCGCAGCUCGCUGGGCAGCACCCUGCAACAGGUGGCCAACUUGAACCCCAAGGAUAACUCGUACGCUCUGAAGGACUUCAUCUACCGCGAGGUGCAAAGGGACUGGCCCGGCUACAACGAAGAUGAGCGCACGCAGCUGGACCGGCUCCUGACCCGGAAGGGUAUUGUGCCGGAGAGCCUGCCAUCCACCAGUCCGCCAAAGGAGCAAGUCCCCACGUCCCCACAGAAACGGCAGCCGGAGGGUGACUUCAUCGACCCUUUGAUGCCCAAGAAGCCGCGCAUCUCCCACCUCUCCAGCCGAGCCCCUGCUCCCGCCGGCCCUCCCCCUCCUCCGCCCGCCUCCCUCUCCUACUCCACCUCCACCCCCUCGGCCGCCGCCACCUCCUCCUCCUCUUCCUCCGACCGGCGCUCCAGCGCGGCGCCUCCGCCCCCUCCCCCCUCGGCGGCCUGCCCGGGGCCUCCCGCCGCAUCCUCCUCCUCCUCGUCGUCCACCUCCUCGUCCCGGCCUCCGCCCACGGGCUCCACCUCCAACUCGCCCAGCACGCCGGAGGGCCGCGGCUCGCAGGACCUGCCCCUGGACCAGAGCUCCACCUGCGCCGAGGCGGCCGAGCGCUACGACCGCCCGCCGCUCCCCCUGCUGACCACCUCCUCCUCCUCCAUCGCCUCCUCCCGCGCCCACUCGCCCAGCCCCCCCUCCUCCUCCUCCUCCUCCGCCGCCGCCAGGCCCGCCCACGGUAACGGCCACGCUCACGCUCCUCCUCCCUCCUCCUCCUCCUCCUCCGCCUCCUCCUUGGUGGCCCGCACCUCCCCUGACAGCGGCGUCAGCAGCAGCAGCAGCAAGAAGCCCAAGAAGAAGUCCAAGAAGCACAAAGAGAAGGAGCGCGACCGGGAGCGCGAGCGGGAGAGGGAGCGCGACAGGGAGAGGGAGGAGAAGAAGGAGGAGAAGAAGGAGGAGAGGAUAGAGGAGCGGAGGGAGGAGAAGGCCACGGUGGUGGUGACCACGGAGGAGGAGGAGCGGCCCAGGAAGAAGCACCGGCCGGAGGAGGAGGAGCGGCCCAGGAAGAAGCACCGCACGGAGGAGAAGCACACGCCGGCCCACAGGAGUCCCAGCUCCGAACACGAAGAUGGGAAAGACAGGACUGUCCACUCCACAGACGUGUCCAGUGCGCCACUCACACCGGACUUUAUCACUAAGUACCCAGCGCUGGUGUCCAACGACCAUAGGCAGCGCUACAAGGACGACUUCAACUCCGAGUACGACGAGUACCGCGUGCUGCACGCCCGGGUGGACGGCAUCAACCGCCGCUUCACCCAGCUGGACGCCCAGUGCCGCCGCCUCACGCCGGGAUCCAAAGAGUACCAGGAGGUACAUGAGGAGGUGCUGCAGGAGUACAAAAAGAUGAAACAGCACAACCCAAACUACUACGAGGAGAAGCAACGCUGCGAGUACCUGCACAACAAGCUGGCCCACAUCAAGCGACUCAUCGCCGAGUUCGACCAGCGGCGGGCACAGUCCUGGCGCUAACAGGCCAGAGCGGGCGGUGGGGAGGGUGGGGCCUGAAGAGCGACGGGGAGUGGGAGGGGUGCCAGGGGACCACUACACCAGGAUGCCCAAACCUUCAUUUCAAAAGUGUGAGAGAGAGGCGGGGGUGAUAUUGAGGAGGUGAAAAGAACUCCCUUCCCUCAGUUGUUCCCCAAAAGUCCCCCAUCCCCUUCAAAACACCUCCUCCCCCUGCCUCUCACACUCUCCCACCAACUCUUUUGGGCUGUGUGACACCUCCCCACCCCACACUCCUUCCUCUUUUCUCUCUCUCUCGUCCUCCUCCCAAGGUACUGUUGCCAUGGCAAUGGCAGAGGAACACCCCUGUGAUGUCAUAAUCAUAGAGAAAGGAGUCGGUGGAGCUUCACUCUGCGAAUCUUUUUGAAGGACUAUACAAGAGAAAAAAAAAACCUAUAUGAAAAAAAAAUUAAACUUAUUUUUUUCGAAAAGCAAAAAAAGAAUAUAUUCUAUCUGUAGCUACCUGUAUUUUGAGAGAAGAAUGGAGGAAAGAGAUGUAUUUAUUUUUUGUUUUUGGAGCAAAGAGGAGAAGGAAGGCUACAAUGGAGGAGUGUUGCCAAGCGACCCACAUGUCCAGCGCAAUCUCUCUGUUAGAAUCAUUUCUUUCCUCAGAGCAAUGCAAUACCUGCAGGCCUUACCUGAUCAGGGGACUUCCUGAAGCCUUUUGCACAGGAGAGGGUAUGCGAUGUGAUGUGUGUGUGUGUGUGUGUGUGUGCGUGCGUGUGUGUGUGUGAGCGAGAGAGAGAGC